AUGCGUGUCCAACGCAUGUUCGGUUGGAUUGCGCUUGUCUCAUCGAUGGCGAUGCUUUGCAUCGUGGUGACCUCAAGCCUGUUGGGGGAAGGCAGGUCCUUUUUGCUUGCGGCCAUCAUGCUGCAGCUUCCUGAAAGCCAGGUUUCUGACAAACUAUUUGAUGGAAAUGAAAGCAAUGAGCCAUCUCAGUUUGGCACCGGUCUCAAACAACUUUCACAUUCGUCAGCCAGCGCUGAGUUAAAAUCAGAACCGUUCAUCGCCAAGCGCCAUGUUGCAGCCAUCAUGUUAGCAAUGCAGCGUUCAGGGACCAGUUUUCUAGCCUUGGAACUAAAUCGGCACCCCUGCAUCAACAUGCAGUCUGAGCUGUUCAUACAUGGGUCGUGGACGCCGGAACUGCGCAAAGAUGCUUUGGAGAUCUUCUUCAGGGCAGAUAUGAACGUUUCUGAGUUGGGCAUGUUUCCCAGCACCGCACAAGAGGUACUUGUGCAUUCUGCUCGGGCUUUCCGAGAAGGUGCCGUGGCCAGGGGCUUCAACUGGAAGCUGAAUCAAGAGUUUGUCCCCUGUUGGCACAGUUGGCUUGGGGACUGGGUAGCCAAGCAUGGUGUUCGUCUUAUUUGGGUGCAGCGCCUGAAUAUGCUACGGCGCAUUUUCUCAAACGAGGCCAACAAACGAAACAAGCUUGCUGUCACAACAAACAAGAGCCUCGCCAAGUUGGCUGGUGCCAUGAAGAUCUCCAUCAACACAUCGACCAUUCUCCAAGACUUGGCAAGAGAAGAGCAGAAUCUCAAGGCUGUGAGAAGAAUACUGGCUGAUGCAAGACGAAAGGGUGUGCGCGUCCACACGGUCUUUUAUGAGAACAUGACGGAUAGCAUUGGAGCAGUCAGGAAUUUUCUGUUGCACGACUCGCCCUGCACCUCUCAUGCCAAGAUGCCGCUGAAGCAGUAUCCGGGUUACCAGAAGCUUCACGUAGGCAAGUUCAGAGAUGUUGUGGAGAACUGGAAUCAGCUGCGCAACACGUUGCGUCGGACGUCGUGGGAGUGGAUGUUGUCUAGAUGA